AUGGCUUUGUCUGAAGCAUCAAAUAAUCAUCCAGAUGAAGGAGAGCUCUCUCCUGCGCACUCAGAGAGCGAGGACCUUGAUGAAAUCAUCAAGGAAGCCAGCAAGACAGCCAGCAUGGUAACGGGGCAAGCGGUCCAAGCCGAUCCGCUCCAUUAUACACCAGCUGACAGCAGCAAUCGGCCACAGAGCCGAGGCGAACCAUUACCUGCGCGCAACGACACGCGAACACUCAUGAUGAGUAGUGGUUUGGGAGAAUCCUCACCACUAGUACGGAUGAACUCGUACUUAGCAACUCAACUAAUUAGCUUCUGGUAUGAUGCGGAAGAGGAAGAGGUACCUGUCCAACGACGGUCGGAAAUUGUUAAGGAGGCUAUAGAUAGUGCGAUGAUAUCACGCACAGCCCGUGGCCUAUCUGCUGGAGAUCCUGAUGAUCAGGAAUAUGUCAAAGCAGUGAUAAAACGAGUUGGCUUACUAGUUUCCUUCUACAAGGAUUUGACCAAAUGA